CUAGAGAGCAUUUAAGAAUUCCGUAAAUCAUUUUUGUCAUAAUUCGUUCUGCAAUUGCGUGACCGUUCAGCUUCCACUUUCUCGCAAGCUCGCCCAGCCCUGAAGCUGGACCCGACCCACCCGAUGAGCUUAGCCCAACCAGAGAAGAACAAUGGGGCCGACAAGGAGCGCGGCGCUGAGGCUCCUGUGGAUGAGUUUGGUAGGUUCUCGCGAAGCAGGAAGAUGGUCAUGACGAUUGUUAUAUCUUGGACCGGAUUGCUGUCCCCGAUGGCGAGCACUUCGGUGCUCUCUGCUAUUCCGAACGUGGCAGCAACAUACAAAACUACUGGAUCCAUAAUCGGGCUGAGCAAUGCGUUGUAUCUGGUGUUCAUGGCCUUGAGCCCGUGCUUCUGGGGCCCUUGGUGCCAGACGAUUGGACGGCGGAUGUCCUGCCUUGCCAGUACUUUGAUCUUCCUGGGCGCCUCUAUCGGCACUGCUCUGAGCCCGAACAUUGCUGCAUUUAUGGUCUUUCGAAUGCUUACCGCAUUUGUGGGUACAGCGAUUCUGGUGAUAGGUCCUGCGGUGAUUCGUGAUCUGUACCCUCCCCUCGAGCGAGCAACUGGAAUAGCCUGGUUCUACACGGGCACUCUGGUUGGUCCCACUGUUGGACCCCUGCUUGCGGGUGCGAUCGUCACUUAUACAACAUGGAGGGUGAUUUUCUGGCUCCAGACGGGACUCGCCGCAAUAUCGUUGCUUGGGAUCUUCUUCUUGCUACCUGAGACCCUCAGUGAGACUGCGCCCCGUCCGCUUAAAGGCCUAAUGCGGGGACAGAAGGUGAAAGUCUUCUUCACCAUGACCAAUCCCUGGCGGGUCAUCUCACCGUUCAAACGGCCGAGCCUGGUGGUGACAGCAAUUGCCAGCGGUUCGCUCGUCUGGAACCAGUACGGUCUCCUGACUCCGAUCCGAUAUGUCCUAAACCCGAGAUUCCAUCUGGAAACGCCCCUCCAAUCCGGUCUUCUGUACCUGGCUCCCGGCUGUGGGUAUAUACUCGGCACCUUUUUUGGCGGCCGAUGGGCGGACUAUGUGGCGACGCGGUGGUACAGGCAUCGCGGCCAGGUAUUUGUCCCCGAAGACCGCUUGUAUGCCGCGGUUCCAUUCCUUGGGAUUGUAAUUCCGGCAUGUAUGCUCAUUUACGGGUGGUCUGUCGACAAGGAGUUUGGCGGCCUCCCGGUGCCUGUCAUAUUUAUGUUCUUCCAGGGAGUCUCGCAACUGUUUUGCUUUCCAAGCCUCAACACCUAUUGUCUCGACGUCGUGCCUGAUCGUAGCGCCGAGCUCAUUGCAGGCAAUUUCUUCAUCAGGUAUAUUUUCGGUGCUGUGGCAUCUGCCACUGCGAUCCCGGCAGCAGAGUCAAUUGGCGUUGGGUGGUUCAGUACCAUAUCAGCUCUGCUUCUGGUCGUCGGGGGUGCCGGGAUCUUCAUCGUUGCUCGUUGGGGCAAAGCGAAGUCUGUCGAGACCUGAUGAUACAGAAAGACGGUUUUAUGUUCCAUUUUACCUCCAGACUGG